AGUAUAGGUAUAAUUGUUUAUUAGGGCGAUUUUUUAUGUUUUUAAUAUGAAAGCGAGGAUUCAGGGAGGAUUUAGUAUGACGAUGUAAACAAACCUCAAAACAAGGGAGAAACAGACGUGGCAACUUGAUUAUUUACUUCCUUUUCCAGGUAAACCUCAUGAAGGGAGAGGAAAUCAUCCUGUACCAGGAGAAAAAAGGUGCUUUAGGGGUAAAAAACAACUAUGUUUAUCAAAAGAACAUCAGAUCAUUUGUGCCUCUGGAAUGUAAAGAAGAUGACCACAACAGGAGCGAGAGGUAUAUUGUGGGAUGGCUGAGGGAUGUGUUCCUUCCAAAGGGUUACCCAGACUCUGUGUCCCCAGACUACCUUCACUACCAAAUGUGGGAUACAAUACAAGCAUAUUGCAGCAGCAUUGCAGGUGCACUAAGCCUUAGAGCAACCUUUGAAGGUUUGGGAGUGGGAGAAGGAGCAGCCACAUCCCUUGCAGCAACAUUAACAUGGCUAUUAAAAGAUGGAUCAGGAAUGAUUGCCUCCAUUGCAUUUGCCUAUUGGAGAGGGUCACAGCUAGACUGCAAUAGCAAGCAGUGGCGUCUCUUUGCAGACGUAGCAAAUGACACUGGGCAUCUUCUGAGGCUCCUGGGCCCUUUGCUACCAGUGCCUUUCUUGGCUGUAAUGUGUGUCUCAGCUGUAAUGAUGGCUUUAGUUGGAGUGGCAGGAGGAGCCACACGUGCUGCCCUUACUCUUCAUCAGGCACGUCGUGACAAUAUGGCAGACGUGUCUGCCAAGGAUGGAAGCCAGGAAACCCUUGUGAAUUUGGCUGCCCUUGUCACUUCUCUCACCUUAUUACCUCUCAUCACUUCAAAUUUCUUACUAACCUGGGUGACCUUCAUCCUGUGUGUGGUUAUGCAUCUCCUGGCCAACUAUCAAGCAGUACGAUCAGUCAAAAUGGAAAGUCUGAACAGACCUCGCCUUUUAUACACUCUAGAUAAGUGGAUGACAAGUGCAAGUGUUCCUGGGAUAGAUGAGACUAACUGCUCUGAGCCCUUGCUUACUGGGGCAGCGUUCAUUCAAGAUUUCUUUCCACAUGGAUUUCGAGUCAGACUUGGUUGCUCAUUCACUGAAGCUCUUAAUCACUGUUGGAGCAGUGAAAAGAGCGUGAAAGACAUUUAUCUGAAUAUUAUGGAAACAUUUUCAAUGGAAAACUAUAUAGUGUGUGGGAACCUAACAGAAAGACAGAUAUUUAUUAUCUACAAACAAGAAUUGACAACUAAACAAGAAUUAGAGGCCUUUUUUGUGGCAUACCUAUGCAUAAUGAACUUUGUUCAUAUUAAAGAGGGUAUUCAAGUAUCUGCAGAAUUUGUUGCUGAGGGAUUGACAGAGUCCACUGAUGUGGAAAAUAUUAUCCCACAUGUGAAGGUUUAUGCCCAGAAGCUGUUUCCAUCAUUCCUAAUGGAGCUCAGUGCUAAAGGGUGGAACGUCAGUCGCCUUCUUCUUGCUGCAGGUGAAUGGAGGUUGGCGUAAGGCAUGGAGCAAGAGACAGCCAGUUGCUUCACUUUUCCAGCUUUUUACGGUAUUGCUGACAUAUUUUGUGAGGGAUAUUUUGGAAGAAAGGAUGUAACAAGAGAAAAAAUUUAAUUUUCCUUUGUUAGGUAUUAUAGAAUGUGCAAGUUGACACAUUGUGUCUAUUGAAAGAUAUCAUCAAAGUCAUAAAUAGCACAAUUAUUCUUGUCAUAAUGGAAAACAUUGACAAAUCCACACUUAGCAAUGUGGUUACUAGACAAAAAGGAUGGGCUGUCUCCUGCUGGACCUAAGCAUACUUCCUGGUGAAUAUCAUCCUCCCAGCCAGAAAAUGGACCUGCAUCGCCAGUCAGGAAACCUUUAAACUCGAACCACCCGUCAUGGAUCAAGGAGCAGUCAAGCUCAAUGUCCACCAUCCAGUAGGCUUCCCCGAAUCUGUAUGAAAAAAAUUAAGACAGAGAUUUAGUUUGUACUUAAAAGUUAGGGCAGAGAAAGACAUGCUUAAAUUACUUUCAGCAUUAGUUCCAUUAUAAGUUGACAAUAACUUGAAACUGCAAAAAUAGUUUUAUUGUACACAUCCAUAUUCCAUUUAUAAGGACGGAGUUUCUUUCAUAAUCGUAACUGUAAGGUAUGGAAAUAAUGCAUUUUUUAGGUAUU